AUUAAUGAACAUCAUAUUGUGUCCGUCGUUCGUGCAUGCGUGUGUGUAGUAUUAUUUUACUUGGAAAACACCCUAAGAAUGGGCAGCGAGGAAAACAUAGCGUGGUAUCACGAAGAUCUUUCUCGUCAAGAUGCGGAAAAUAUGUUGAAGGAAGAAGGAACAGAGGAUGGCACAUUUUUAGUAAGAAACAGUAGCUCGUCCUUGGGGGAUUACGUCUUAUCUGUUCUCCACAAUGGUGAAGUGAUUCAUUAUCAAAUUAGGAAACAUGAGGAGGAUGCUUUUUUCUCAAUAGAUGAUGAAACAACAAUUCAUGGGUUGGAUACUCUGAUCGAAUAUUAUCAAGAUAGUCAUCAUGGUCUUGAAACGGUUUUGCGCAACCCUCGCAUUGGUAAACCGCCACCCCACGAUACCAGGCGGCAUGGACGAACGAACCUUCUUCACAGAGCGACUGUUCAGAGAAAUUACACUAUAGUCUCAGAGCUGCUGAAGUGCGGGUAUAGAAGUCUGGAUGCCAAAAAUCAACUGGGUCAAACUGCUGUACAUUUAGCAGCAAUGAAUGGAGCGGAUGAAAUUCUUCGAAAACUGAUUCAAAAUAAAGCCAGCGUUAAUUGCAGGGAUUCUGCUGGCUAUACACCCCUACACUAUGCAUGUCAAAGUAAUUUACCAAGUACCGUUCGAAUACUAAUAACGGGUGGAGCAAAUAUUCAGGCAAGAAACACAAAGACAGGUAUGGUUCCUCUGCAUGAAGCAGCUAGUAGGGGACACAAUACGGUGAUACAAGUAUUACUUUCCAUGAACGCGCCUGUCAAUCCUCGCACUAUGGAAGAUGAUAUACCGGCUGAUCUUGCUAAGCGAAACGGUCAUGUGGAAUGUGCAAAGCUGUUGUGCGAUUAUCAGGGACCUGCUCCAAAAGAAAAACGCUGCAAUUGGUACCACGGAACACUAGAUAGAACCGAGGCAGUCGCUCUUUUACACAAACAUGGUGACGUUGACGGAUCAUUUUUAGUUCGGUUUAGCGAUCGUCACCGCGGUGGUUACGUACUCACAGUUAUGUACCACAAGCAAGCGUACCAUUUCCAAAUACAAAGAAAGGGGGACUUGUUGUUUAUUGAUAAUGGCCCCUACCUCGUUUCCCUGGAACACGUCGUAGAAUAUUAUCAGUGUAUGCCCGAUGGCCUCCCUGGGCCUCUGCUUCAUCCUAUUGCUCCAAUACCAAGACCACCGGUUCCUGAAAUGCCUUCGUCUAUAUUUAAUGGGAACACACUCAAUAAAUCGAGACAGUCAACGGCUAAGAGAGGCAAAUUUUCUAGAGAUGCAACACUACUAGAGACCACAUCUUUUUCAACUCAGCCUGACUCUGUUCAAAAUAUUGACAUUGACGAAUCUUCAUCUUACAAUAUCCCAGUCACGGCUAAUGAGACAAACUUUGAUGCUAAUUUGAAUUCAGAAGCACGGGAAAUCCAAGAGUUCAUUCCGGGAGAAAAUUUGAUCCUUGGAGGCGUCCUUGGCGAAGGUGAAUUCGGAUCAGUCUACGAAGGAGUGUAUGAUGCUCCGACAGGUGUUCGGGAACCAGUUGCAAUCAAGACACUUCAUGAAUCUCACAGCGAAGCCACUCGUGCCGAAUUUCUGAGAGAGGCGCGCGUUAUGAUGUCUCUCAACCAUCAUUGCAUAGUCAGGCUCAUCGGGCUUUCCUUAGGACCACCCUUGCUCAUGGUUCAAGAAUUAGUUCCACUCGGCUCGAUGCUGGCAUAUCUUCUAGAAUUUCCCGACCGAGUAAAUCCGAACUACGAAUUGAAAAUAUGGGCAUCGCAGAUUGCUUGUGGUAUGAAAUACGUGGAGGAACUCCGACUUGUGCAUAGGGAUUUGGCUGCACGAAAUAUUCUACUUGCUUCCAGACAUCAAGCCAAGAUCAGUGACUUUGGGCUUUCACGAACGUUUGGUUCCAACGAUUACUACAGGGCUAGCGAGGGUGGAAAGUGGCCAAUAAAGUGGUAUGCCCCGGAAUCAUACAACUUCGGUACAUUUUCUAACGCAAGCGAUGUAUGGAGUUUUGGGGUUACGCUGUGGGAAAUGUUUUCUUACGGAGAUCAGCCGUACGGAGAUCGACGCGGAGUAGAUGUAAUUCAACUGGUCGAGAAUGGCGAACGUCUUGAAAAACCGGAUAAAUGUCCGGAGCAUAUUUACACGGUAAUGAAACGCUGCUGGUCAUACUCAGCCGCGGAUCGCCCGAACUUUGCCGAACUCUUGGAAAUAUUUAGCAGUGAUCCCGAGUACACUAACAUCAAAGAGCUUAUUGCCGCUGUCGAUAUCAGCUGAUUUCAACAUGUUUGCGGAAGAAAUUAGUAUAUUUUAUUUUAGCCCUAUGUAUUUUUAACGUUAUAUUAAUUAUAUUAUACGACAAUAGGUCGAUUUUGCAGUAAAAUAUGAGACCACGCAGUUAUAAAAAUGGUAAGCGUUUAAUUCAGACGAUCUAUCAGACGUGUAAUAGUUUUGUAAAUAAUAAGAUACGUAAUCUGACGAUUACUAGACGAUUUUUUAACUUUGUACACAUUAUGCCAUAUAAGACCUAAAAUUUUCUAUACUUUCUUUAAGACUGUAAUCUUUGUAUUCAAAUGAUUCUUUCUCGAAUUAUAAAUUAAGUUGAAAGCGAUAGUGGUAUUGCUGAAAAUAUAAAUUUAAUAACAAGUGCUAACUUAUUUCAAAGUGAAGUUGGCCGUUAGG